CACUCCUCCCCUCCUCCUCCUCCGUGUGUAUUCCGACAGCCCCGCAGUCUUUUCCUUCCACUCCACUUCAGAAGCACCAACCAGUCUGCCUGUUUCCCACGCCUCCACACCGCAGCCCACCAGAAAAACGUCUUGAAUCAGCAAAGCUUGUAAAAUGCGGAAACGGCCACUUUCAAUCGCCGUUAGUUGGAAUUAUGGUCGUUUUAAACUGGAAUAACGAUGGAGGAUUUAAAUCAACAAGGGCCUCAAACGUUACUUUCUCCCUAACUGCACAAGAAGGGGACGUAAACUUUUCAGUCGGACGGCGCUCGGUUUUUAUAAUGUCAGCGGUACUGAUUUGGUUAUGAGUGUUUUAUAUGAUCGCCUUUUUAACCAUUUGGGUCAUAUAUUGCCAAUGCACUGCUUUUUAUGGACUCUUUUCUUGGUGGAAACACGCUCAAGGAGGACUUCCAGACCUCAGGAGUUCGACGCCAGAAACUGACGCGUCAGUGAACGCCUCAGGUAGCUAGCUAAGUUAGCUUUUUGGCUAGUUUUCAAAGAAUCCUUCAAAAAAAAACAAUAAUAACGCGGGUUGCGAUGCGUUUAGCUAACUUUAAAUAUUUUAUAACAGGUUUUCCAGUGUCGUAGGCUGUUUUUUUCCCUUCUUCUUCAAACUGUAAGUUAGCCAUAACUCGGUCUAACUCUUGACCUUUUUAAUGUUAGUUAGCGGUUGCAGCUAACGUCCAAACAUGCCGCAGCUUAAUGGGGGAGACGGAGACGACUUGGGAGCAAAUGAUGAACUGAUUGCUUUUAAAGACGAAGGGGAACAGGAGGAGAAGAGGAAUGCGUCUGCUGAACGGGACCUGGACGAUGUCAAGUCCUCUCUGGUCAACGAGUCCGAGUCCAACAACAGCUCAGACUCAGAGGCAGACAGACGCCCCAAGCCCAAUCCAGAUUUGGAGAGCAGGGCCAGGCAGAGUCAGCUGUUUGAAGAAGUGCUGAGGAGACGGCAGGAUGGAGGUCUCUUCCAGCACUCUCCAUAUGUUGGAUACCCCUUCUUCAUGAUCCCAGACCUCGGGAACCUCUGUAGUCCCUACCUCACCAACGGAGCUCUCACACAAAGUGCCAGGACGUAUCUGCCCUUUCAGUGGCCUCUGCUAGACGUACCAGGAAGAUCAUCUAUCAGAGACUCUGCUACUCCGACACACCUGUCUAACAAUGUGCCGGUGGUGCAGCACCCUCACAUGACCCACCUCCAUCCUCUGCUGUCCUACAGCCCAGAGGCCUUCUCCCCUCAGCGGGCCUCUCCUGGCUUCUCCCCUGACGCAGCUGGUAUGUCGAGGACCCCCCACGCGGCCUGCUACCCCGUCUCUCCCGGAGGCAUGGCUCAGAUCCCGCACCCUCUUGGAUGGCUGCAGGGACAGUCGAUGUAUCCCAUCGCAGGGAGCUUCUCUCCUGCGGCCCUCGCUAUGAACGCUUCCAUGUCGAGCCUAGUGUCGAGCGGCUUCUCUCCUCGUUUGGUGCCGACCCCCCAGUCGUCCAUUCCCCAUCCCGCCAUCGUCCCCACGGGGAUCAAGCAGGAGCCUGGAUGCAGCAGCCAGCCUGGGAAGUCGAUGCCUGAACCCCCGCCAGAGAAAGAAGAUGAUAGGAAGCCUCAUAUCAAGAAGCCGCUGAAUGCUUUCAUGCUGUACAUGAGGGAGGAGAGGCCCCAAGUGGUCGCUCAGUGCAAAGUUAAAGAGAGCGCGACCAUCAACCAAAUACUAGGACAGAGGUGGCAUUCGUUGUCCAAAGAGGAACAGGCCAAAUAUUACGAACUGGCUCGCAAAGAGAGACUCCUCCACUCCAAGCUGUACCCCGGCUGGUCGGCCAGAGACAACUACGGUAAAAAGAAGAAGAGGAAGAGGGCUAAGAGUGAAACUCAGGCUGAAGUUCCGCCUGAAGAGGACUUCCCCCCGCAGCUGAAGAGACCUCGUGUGCCGUCCGAGGAGGCGCCUCACGCUCACGCUCAGCUCACACAGACUGCGCACGCACACCCCCGCUCCCACCUGACACAGCCGCACACCAUCUCCCACCUGACGCACACACACCUGUCCCAGGCCAGCCCCGCCUCCUCCCUGGACUCCCCGGCGACGCCGACCACCGCGCUGGCCUCGCCGGCGGCGCCGGCUCCAACGCACACCGAGCACACACACUCCUCCUACAGCCACAGCGGACACACGUCGCCGUACGCCGAGCAGCUGCAGCCGCUGUCCCUCACCACCAAACCUCACAGGACCGCCCACCCUCUGAGCCGACACGCCGUCACUCCAGGACCCUCCACGCCGUCGUCCUCCUGCGACACGCCCAUCUCCUCACCCCACAUGGCCUCUUCCAGGUGUUCACCCCCUCCUCCUCCUCCUCCUCUGCUCUCUCAGCCCUUCCUCGCCCCGCCUCAUACCUCUGCUCACCAAUCAGCAGCGAGCUCCCACGGUGCCUUAACUCAGCCGUUCUCACUCAGAAGAACCAAUCAGCUGUGAGGGGCCGUUUUUACUUUGUGAAUUCAUGAAAUCAAAUAAAAAAAACAACAAAGAAAUCA